CUUUCAAAGAGUGAUUUACAUCACUGUUUCGAAAAAUCCGAAUAUCAUGGAUAUGCUAGAGAACAUAUGGGAAGACAUUGUUGGUGGGUCAAAACCUAGUUUUGGGAACUUGGACCAGGCACAUAAUCAAUUACAAGUUAAAAUAAAUGGAAUAAGUCAACCAAUACUGGUAGUAUUGGAUGAUGUUUGUUCUAGGUCCAACCUUCAAAGAUUGUUAUUUCAAGGCGAACACUAUAAGACUUUAGUAACCACAAGAGAUGAAAACAUUAUCCGUAAACAGAACAACGUGCGCCUUUUCCCGUUACAAUCCUUGCAAGAGGACCAUGCCAUGUCACUUUUCUGUUACCAUGCCUUUGGCGAGCCUACAAUUCCAGCUACAGCUACACAUUAUGAAGAACUGGUCAAACAGGUACAGGCACAGUGUGAUGGUUUGCUACUUGCUCUUCAAGUAAUUGGUAGCUCUUUGCGGGACGAGCCUCCCCCAGUUUGGAAAUCGGCUAAGAAUAAGCUUUCAAGAGGGGCAACUAUAGGUGAAUUUCAUAAAGAGGAACUUUUUGAACGCCUGAAAACAACAAUUAUAGAUGUUCUGGAAGAGAAUGUAAAGCAGUGCUUCAUGGACCUUGCUGUUUUCCCCCAAGGACGAACCUUUUGUGUAGACGUAUUGCUCGACAUAUGGGUGUAUGUACGCGGAAUGGAUUGGAUGGAUGCCUUUGUGAUUUUAAUUGAAUUAAUAGCUCGCAGUCUGUUGGAGUUGAAGAGGGAUCCCAGUCUGUCGGAGUUGAAAAGGGAUCCGUGGGGCCCAGGGAUCACUCAGGAGUGCGCAAAUGGAUUGUUAUUUUCCCAACAUAACGUAAUCAGAGAUUUGGCCUUGUAUUUGGUGGAAAAGGACAAAUUAAGUGAUUGUAGUAGGUUGUGUAUGCCUGAAAAGAGUGAUUGCAUUCCGUCAAAUUGGCAAACAGUUCAGGCAUCUAAAGCUCAGAUUGUUUCCGUUCAUACAGGUGACAAUUACGGCUAGAAUUUUAGAUUAUAUUAUGUAUGCCUUUGAUUUUCCUUCCAGAUCCGAAAAAUUGAUUAUUUGUGAUUUCAGUUACUGUUAAAAUAUUGGUUGAAGGGAUCUCUGAAUAAUUAAUUGCAGCAUUGAUUUCGAUUAUUGUUGGGCAUAUAUAGGCACAAUGGAUGAAAAACAAUGGGCACAAAUGAGGUUCCCUGAGGCAGAAGCUUUAAUUUUGUAUUUCACUGCAAGCAGAUAUUGUAUUCCAACUUUUGUCCACACAAUGAAGAAACUGAAGGUUCUUAUAGUCCAUAAUUACAGUGCACGAAGAGCCACACUCAGUCGACUGGAUGUUUUUAAUGCACUUUCUCAGCUUAAAACACUUCAACUUGAAAAGUUGACAGUGUCUCCUCUGUAUGACUACUUCAGUUUUCUGGAGAGUCUGCAGAAGCUAUCUCUGAGUUUAUGCGAGGGCCUUGGUGACAUGAGUGAAUUAGGUAGGGAUGAAUUUUUCAAUUUUCCGAGGCUUUCAGAAAUCAAUGUAGAUCACUGCAGUGAUUUGGAGAAGUUGCCAAAAGGUUUAUGUUUUUCGAAUUCCAUGAAAAAAAUUUCAGUGACAAACUGCCACGGGCUUGCAAAGUUCCCUGAUGAGUUGGGGAAUCUUGGCAUGCUCGAGGUGCUAAGAUUGUGUGCAUGUGCAGAUUUGACAGAACUGCCAGCUUCUGUCCGUAGUCUCCGAAAACUAGAAUUUCUUGACAUCUCACUGUGCGGGCGUUUGGAGCGGUUUCCAGAAGGAUUUCAUGAGCUAUCAAGUUUGAAGAAGCUGGACAUGAGGGAGUGCUGUAGAUUGAAACCGGUUUCCAAAACACUAGGCAAACUCCCAUCUCUAAAACAUGUGAUUUGCGAUAAGAAGAACGAGCACCAGUUGAUAUGUGAAGCCAACUCCACGAGUAACUUCACUGUUGAAGCUGUUGAACAGGCAUUCAGUUUGGAUUGGCUUUACU